AUGGAGGAUGUUUUACUAAAUAUUGUGCAAGAGGCGUCUGGACAUAAGCAGAUUGCACUAAGAAAAGCAGCACAAGAUGCACAUGAUAUGCUAUGCAGGCAGCAUGGCAGUGUGAGGGAUCCUUCUUAUGAAUUGCGUGCAAGUUGCUUGAACGCCCUGCAGCUUGCACUGGAAAGUAAAAGAUCUAAGGCAGUAUCACUUGCCCUUAAUGGAUUACACCGUAUCAUACGCGAUGAGCGAUUUCAUGCUGGACUGGAACCUGAGAAUGACUCUCUAUGGCUUCCUUCGCAAAUGUUGCGAGCUACAAGCAGCGUGACUGCUGUGGCUGGUGCUUCUUCCGCUGCAGGCGCAAAAUACAGUAGCGCCCAAGAUGCUCUCGUCAAUGUGUUGCGUGUGCUUUUGGCAAUGGCGUGCUCACCUUCAGCAUGCCCAUUGAACGGGAGGAUAGUCAUCGAAUUAUUGGCAAGAUGUGGGGAAUGCUGGGAGACUGGUUGCAGAGCCGUUAGGGCAGCGGCACAAGCUGCAGCUGGACAGACAUUACGAGCGUUUUGUGGAUUUUUAGAUGAGGAAUGGCGGGAACUUGACAGAGUCAGAGAGCAUAGCAGAGCAAGUCGUAGCUCAGCAGAAGAAUGCAAAGCAAAACUUGCUAGUUUACCACCGACCGGAGGAGAAACAUUUUAUAAUAAUGUUCAAAAUGAUGGCGUCGCAUGGACACCAUCAUCUGCUGUUGCCGUUUAUAGCGAAGCAAUACCUGUCAUGCAGUUUCUCAUAUCACGUUUGGAAGAAUCAAACGUCCCACCAAAGCCUUGCGAAAGCCGAUUAUACGUAUUAGAGUGCUUAUUAAGUUUGCUAACGGCUCUACCGCCAGUAGUGAGGAGCAAUGCGCAUUUUACAACAUUUCUGUGGCAGAAAUUUUGUCCAGCUCUAGUUGCAUUCCUGGGCACUCCUCGUGUUGAUAAACACUUUGUAUCAAGAGAUUACGCACAAACAUUAGAAAGUGGACGAGGUUCUGGCGUUCUCGGAUCUGCGCCUACAUUGUCAGCAGGUAGCGCUCGCUGCGUUUAUUUAGUCGUAGGGCAGUUGGUCAGAUUGGUUGGGGGAGAAGGUUCUCUAAGGCCGGUUUUGGAAGCGUUGUUUCAUCGUGCACUUCUUUAUCCACCGCCGCGGUGUCGAGCAGAAGCUUUACGAUGGGUACGCGAAUUAUUUCGUGACCCGGAGCGUCUACUGGAUAUGACCGUUUUAACCCAUCACAAAGGGCAACAAUCGUGUGGUGACGAUAUGGCUAUACUUCGGCUUAUUAUGGAUUCUCUUGAAGAAUGCGCCUUAUGUGGUGAGAAAACUGUUUUAACUCCUGGUGUCGCAUGCAUUGUGGCUUUGCUUGGCAGUUUGCAACAGUUAACUCAAGGUCAGGGUGUGUGUUCUGAAGCAGCAGUUAGCAUAAACCGAAAAUAUCCAACGUUAGAAGAUUCAGAUUACCGUGGCCCGUUGGUUUAUCAAAGUUUAGCCAGAUUGCCGGCCCCGUACAGAGAUGUAGUCGCUGGCUUACGUUGCGACGGUGGCACCGAGAGCAGUGAUUCAGAUUGCGACGGCGACAGUGGGAAUCCAGAUGAAGAGCGAUCUGAUACAUCUGGCGAUACUGAAGGACCCGAAGACGAACAGCCAGAUGAUUCCGAUAACAGAUCAAUUCUGGCGCUGCAACAAACACCAACACCAUGGGAUACAUAUGUUGCUCAAGCUCGAGCAUCUUUAGGUCGCGGAGAUGCUGAUCUGGAUCGCGGAAAUGCAAGGCAUUUUGCAAAGCGCGUACGCGAAGAGUUAGUACCGCGUUUGUUAAGAUUACGAACGUCUAUCGAGGUUGAUGAAGCAUUACAAGAUUAUGCCUCUCGUUGCUGCAGAGCCGCCGGCCCUUCUUCGUCUAAUGACCAACUUAUAAUGAACGCAGAUGGGGUGUAUCUUGCCACAUAUUCGGCGUUGCUGCUAGGGUUGCGACUACUCAGAGCUGGACACUAUGCACAAACAGAUGCGCAAAGUCCCCCGGUGCCUCUAACGGAAUCACAAUUUGUUGAGGAAGUUCAAAAUAGCGGGGUAUUGGUAUAUUUAUCAGGUGCUUGGCUAUGUGAACUUUAUCAACAAGUUAUUGCACAUAGCCCGUUGCCUAUAAUACCAUUGGCGAAUGGCCAUUGUGCGCUUGUCGAUUUGCUGACUGAUCUUGGAGGGCUUGGUUCAUCACAAAUGCUUUCUGAAUGGCAAAAACUGCAAGCUGUGUCUGACGUUCGUCCAGAACCUUCUCCAGAAGCGGUUGCUGGAUGUAAAUUAGCCAGAAGAAUACUGACUUGCUGUUGGGACUCUUUAGUAUCGGUGUUAAGUCGAGCAUUGGGGGGACAGGUUAAGGGAACACAUAGCAGCACUGCUCGCUUGAAAAAAUUUAUUAGAAAUGGAGCGAAAAAGAAACGUGCCGAGGCAUCCUUAAUCUCUUCAAGUUUGGAGGGACUUCAUAAGGUUGCUACGCUCAGCAAUACCCUCGCAUUACAGCGUCUAUCUAGUUCAAUUUUAACGCUUUUAUGUAACAAUGUGUGUAAUGAGAAAACCACUACCCUUUCUACGGAUCACGCAUUGUCUUUAGAUGUUCUUCUGACAGGAGGACUUGAACUUGGUUCACACAACGCGUUAUGUUGGCCCGCUAUAUUGGCGGCCUGCCGCCAUGUAUGCCGAUUAGAACAUGUGAUAUUCACUGGACCAGCUCCGCCAGUUCCUUUGCAACAAAACGCCCAAAUAGAGCGAAGUGUUAUCACUUCUUACCAUGCUGGAGAAGAAGAUGAAACUUGUGUAGACGUAUACAGCUUUCUAUCAACUGGUGGAAGUAGUGGUAAUGGUAGCGGAAGUAACAAUGGGUCAUUGCGUCCGCACGAAGCUGCUAGAGCGUUAUGUUCACUUUCGCAGCAAGUUGAUGCCUUAUUUCAUGAUGCUGCUCUGAAACUCACAUUGCCUGCUCUUAUAGACUUUUUGAGGUGUUUGUGUCAUGCUUCUAGAGAACAGCUGUUCAGUAGAUCAAACGAUUCAUCUAAUUGUUCAAAAUCUGCGGUAACUCUUCCGCCUGCGUUGCGGUGGUUGGCACGGAGUAGUUCAACAAGCGGCCAACUGCGCAAUGAGCCAACUACCCUACUUUUGCACAGGGUAGGAGCAGUUACAUUAAAAAUUGUACGAGGCUCACGACCUCUUUUACAUACCAUGAAAGUAUGGGCCGUUGUCGGUCCUCAUUUAAUGGAGGCUUCGUGUCACAAGGAUCGAUCUAUAUCUUCCCGAGCUGUUACUUACAUUCACGAUUGUGUCACAGCAUUAUUAUCUGAGCAGACUGAAUUGCCGCAUUUCCAUUUUAAUGAAGCUUUGCUUAAACCGUUUGAAAAUCUCCUUAGUUUAGAACUUUGCGAUUCAGAUGUGCAGGAUCAAAUCGUAUCGUGUCUGUGUGAAACAGUCGAAGCACAUAGUUGUGAGAUUCAGUCCGGCUGGAGGCCUUUGUUUGGAACUUUACGUGGAGCGAAAGGAAAUGCGCAACAUUUACAUAAUGUUUUAGAUAUUUUCCGAGUUUUCUUGAAUACAGAUAAUGCUUUAGUUUUUGCAAAUGCAGCGUUAGAUUGCAUACUUUGUUUGUUGACUCACGUGCGAUGUACCGAUAUAGGCUCCAUGGAAGAAAUUGAAGAUUCGAAAACACAUAUCGGCGUGGAAGCCUUGAAGUAUUUAGAAACUUGUGCAAGUAUUCUUGCAAAUAUGUAUAAUAUGCCGAAAUGUCCGGUAUUUAAUUACGCACAUAGAAUUCAAGAAGAGAGCAUACCACAAACAGUUGAUCCAACUAUACCAACAAUAGUUCAGAACGCUCAAUACUUUGAAACUGCCUCAGAUGAAGUUGAACAAUCAUAUAAACUUCUAGCAACAAGCUCAGAAGUAUCUACAAACAUAUCUGAUAUGGAUAACCCUAGCGGGAUACUUAGAGUAUGGUUUUUGAUGUUGGAAGGCCUUGCAUCUGCUACAAUUAUUUGUCCAAAAUCACUUCAACCAGAAGCUUUAGAAACGCUGUUUAAAUUGCUUCGAAAUUUAAUGAACAUACCCGGCCCUCAGUUUGGUUUAUAUUGCAUAAAUCAUUUAUUACUACCAAUGAUGCAGAAUUGGUUAAGACAAACUAGUCGCGUACAUAGAGGUUGGGAUAACGUGGCCGUUAAUUUUAAGCAAUGUUGUGGAAUGGCAAGUGAUUUAAUAGUAGAAUACUUACAUAGACUUCAAGAUACUGGAGAAGAACACAUCGAAGUCGAUGCCACAGCUAACAGAUUAAAAUGUACUGUAAUUCCGUUGAAACAACUGCUUUUAGUUUUAACAGAAUGUACCACGCAAUCUCAUGAAAGUAUUGCUAGAUUAGGAGUGAGUUGUAUAAGGCAUGUAUUGUUAGCAUCCGGCUUAUUCUUGACACCUGCGCAAUGGGAAAUUGCGUGUGUCGCCUUACACCGAGCUUGUGAUGUUACCCUCGGACCAUUGCGGCAGCUAUCAAUGGCGUUUCAUGAACAUUCAAACAGCUUUUACGGUGAUACAGCUAUUGUUAAAGUGGCGGCUAGAAAAGAUUGUACUUUGGAAGAUAAUAUACGAUUAAGUGCUGUUGCUAGACAGGUUCUUUUAUUAGAAAAUCAACGCGAUUGUAAAUCUUCUUCGGCCGAUUGGAAUGCUAACUCGUUUCUCGAUGACAGAAGUUACGUAUUUCUUCUAUAUCCAGUGGAAUUGGCAUCAACUUUGAAUCCAGAAUUGUAUACAUUACGUGUUUCAUACAGAAACUUUGUUGUGAGUCUGCUAGCACAUCAGAUGCUACAACAGGCCAUUGCAAGUAUAAUUUUGCAUGGUAGUACAAACAUGCCAAUAUUAGAUAAUGUGUUAAUAGAAAAUUGUGCUGGUAAUAUAUUGACAUCAUAUAAAGAUAAAUUAAAUCCGAAGCAUAUGGAACUGCUGUUAAAAUGUCUUGCAUUAUCAUACAAACGUGCCCUCGAUUUUGAUUCGAAACCCGGAUUGAAAUUUUUGCUACAAAAAGUUUCAAAUAUGGAACAUUCUGCAAAUUUAUAUAAGCAAAGUAAUGCAGCGUGGAUCGUGAAAAUGGUCACUUUAAUAGAACUUUGUGUGUCUGGAAUUGCAAAAUAUAACCUGCAUGUAUCAGAUAUAAAAUAUAUUCUAGAGAGUUGUAAUACAGAUGUUAGUCAAAAAUUGAAAUAUGAGUGUUUCAUUGGAUACUUAUUGGAUUUAAAAGAAACCUGGAAUUCAUAUUGCGACUUAUAUGCUAGUAAACAACAAAAACCCGAUGCAGAUAAUUUUUCCAUAGUUUCGGAUGGGUCAGAGAAUAGUGAAAACUUAGCAAAUAUCGAAUUAGAAGAUGAUGUUUUUCUAGAAGAAAUUCGUUCCGAAGAUCACAGUCCGACAAAAUCUUCAAGUUGUUCGGAUAUUAAGCGACAGCAAUCACUACUAUCGGACAGCAGCGAUUAUGGCGAUGAAGUAUCGGUUACAGAAAAUGUCAUGUAUGGCAAACCUGUGAAAAAAGUUAUCGGCAAAGAUAUCACAGCCGAAUAUAAUAUGGUUGACCAAAAGAAUUCAACUGAAAUUGGAUCACAAGCUAUUCUGGAUAAUGAAGUUCAAAAGCGAGUUGAUAGUAUGAUGGAACAAUAUAAACAAAAACAUUCAAUCGGACAAGUGAGUACCCCAGUAAAUCAAUCCUCGGUUAGAGUGAAUCCUUUCAACGAGCGGUUGGGAGUUAUAGCGCCCCAACCUGUACCGCCUGAGAUAGAGCAACAGCGCGUACAUAGCAUUGAGAAGGAUGCAGAAGCUCAAAGGACGGCUCAAUCCCAAAGCGUCCGAGCGGUCCUGGAGUUGCUUCUCUCGCUUCCGUCCCUACCGCUGAGUUGUCUAAGAUUUGUUUUGGCCCCAGGCGCACAAUCCCUAGCUAGAAGCAGUUCCGAACCAACAAUUAUUAACCUGGCACAUGCAUUGUGGCAAGCAGAAGAAUAA